UAUAUAUAUAUAUAUAUAUAUAUAUAUAUACAUAUAUCAAGAUUGAUAUCAUUCGAUGCUAUAACUUUAUGUACAUGUACCUAAGGAUAUCAAGUGCCUCAUAAGGCUUUCUAACCCGAGCCUGCAGUUUUAUAUCCUAGUUUAAAAUCUGCGAGCAAUGGCACAGCAGAGAAAACAACUAUUUUCAACCCUCAUCUUUGGUUACAAAUCGCAUUCACAAUAUGGGGGAAUUCUAGGCAGCUGCAUGGCAAGCCAUGUUUAAACAUGGUUGCCAUCAUAUGGAUACUUGCCAUGCAAUGUCUCAGCCCAGCUGAACUGACUCCAGUAUCUCCUCCAUUGCCUGUUCGGACAUCAUUCGAUCUCUUGGUAAGAGAGGUAUGCGUAAGGGCACGGUGCAGCUAACUGCCUCAGCAAGUAGGUACCUACCUAGGGAGGUAUAUAUUUAGUCUCGAGUCCCAUUUGUGAAGAUGGAGUAACCAUAGACAUCAAGAUAGCUGUUCAGGAGACCCUAGGGGUAUUUAUUUAUUGUCGUCAUUACUGUUAUUUCUAUAGUAUUCCGUAUUAUACGAUUCCCCCCAGGACUCAAUAUCACUUAUAGCUAUUAGGCCAACGUAGAUCUAUUUUAGUCCUCUUUCCCAAUGACGAAUGAUAGCAGAUUCGAGCAAGACCACUACGGAAACCAUUGGCCCCUACAAUACGUACUCAACUAUGAUCGGAAUCCAACUCAAGCAGAGAGUCAACUACUGCAGCUCCCAAGGCAAAAUGACCCGCACUCCUCCUGGAUCCAAACUCCACACCCAGCCCAUUCGCGUCAAGUCCAGCGGGUUGCAUACCAGCUAUCCAAGAAGACCCUAAGCCAGUACCUCGACGUAACCCCGGCGCCCCUCCCCCUGCCGAGAUUCGGCGCGCACCUAGAGAGCCUACCGCAGAACGUGCUGGACCGCAUAUGCUCGUACGUUCCCUACGAGCACCUCCUGACGCUGUACCAGCUGUCGAAGACGCUGCACCGGGUCGUGAACCCGUACCUGGCGCCGUACGACACGAUCCUGUCGUUCGUGCUGCGCGCCGAGCGCGACUUCGAGAAGCACUACAAGAACGAGCAGUUCCUCGGCUGCUACAUGUGCUACAAGGUGCUGCCCGCCUCCCUCUUCGCCGUCGACCAGCCCCUGCAGGCCCUCCUGCGCGUCUCCCCCUUCGACGAGCAGUCCCUCGUCAACCUCCGCCGCUUCUGCAUCCUCUGCGGCGUCAAGUGGGGGUGCCACAGCCCUGGCAAGGAGCUCACGACACGCACGGGAGAGCGCUUCUGGAUCUGCGAUUGCUUCCAUGUGCAUAAUGACGGCACGCCCGGCUGCAAGGAGUGCAAGGCGCCGAGCCCGCUUGAGCAGCGAGGGCCGAGACGGAGGAAGUAGAUGUAUAGAUUUAGAUACCAGGUGCUGUUAUUCCAGCAAUUUGUUGAGCACGAGAAAGUUGUAUGGGUGGUUGUUGUCUCAAACUUCGCUGGGCUGAGUUGAGAACUGGAAUGAGCGUUGUUCGUUUCAUACUUCUAUAUCUUCUGGGGGUUAAUAUCCUUGUCACAGCCGGGGAGUUUCAUAUCAGCCUUCGGCACACGAGGUUGAGUGUGUUCAAAAGUUCAACAUUUAUUUUUUAUUUUUACAUUCAAUGGGGCCUACAGCAAGUUAGGUUGUUUCUGGGGAAAGAAACUGGCUAACAAGGUCAAGGUGGUGUAUUUGAUUAACCUAACCUACGAGUUGUCGAAGUAAUGAACUAUUGAAGGGCUGAUAUCCAGCUGUAGUCCUUUACGUGGGAUCACGUUGAAUACCUAAAUAACGGCCGUGUGAAUAUUGUGGUUCCUAGAUACCUACAUACCUACCUAGUAGGUAGACACUGGAC